AAUCGCAUUAGUACAUUUGUAUCUGAUCUGGGACCAGAAAAUAAAACUUCAAAUAUACAUUUCAGGUAACACAUUGAAAAAUCUUAUGGAUAUUCACUGAACAGACACUGAUGUCAUAUAAACAACCUACAAUAAUAGAAAAAAAUUUGAAUUUUGAAUCACUGAAUUUUAAGAGGUGCACACAAAGGCGAUGAACUCCACAGUGCUUCAGGUUAAUGCACAAGACAGAUUCAGGGAUGCUUUGGUUAGAAAUUUCAUUGUUGUUAUCUUUGGAAUCACAAUUAACUCCAUCAAUGGUUUGUUUGUGUUUACAUUCUUUAGGAGUUCAGUUUUCUACAAUGAUCCAAGAUAUAUUCUAUAUAUUCACUUGGUUAUCAAUGAUAUGCUCAUGGUUUUUGUAAGUGUGUCUCUUUCUGUGAUGGCUUAUGCAUGGCGAAAUGUACCUAUCCCGUUUUGUGUUGUACUACUGAUAAUAGCUUCAAAAACUCAUAAGAACAGUGUUCUGACUUUAGCUGGCAUGUCUGUUGAGCGUUACAUUGCCAUCUGUAAACCACUGCAUCACCAUCAGAUUUGCACAGUGCGCAGGACGUACAUCCUCAUCUCUCUGAUAUGGAGUGUUGGAGUUUUACCUGGAUUGUCUGACUUUAUUCUCCUUUCAGUUAUUGAUCCUACUUUCUAUACUAAAGAUACUAUUUGUACUGCAUCAAGGCUUUAUAACACACCUUACCAUGAAGAACUUAGCAAAUAUAUGACUGGCAUUUAUUCAUCUGGUGUGUGGUUAAUACUCAUAUACACAUACUGUCGAGUGUUGAUCACAGCCAGAAAGGCCUCCACAGAUAAAUCCUCAGCAAAAAAAGCUCAAAGUACCAUCCUGCUACACGGAGCGCAGCUUCUGCUCUGUAUGCUGUCCUACAUUACUGGCUACCUAGAACUGAUGUAUGCUCAACUGUUACCAGCCGAUCGGUCAAUAUUGGUCUUUUGUAAUUACCUUCUGACAAAUUUACUACCGCGGCUGCUCACCCCAAUGAUUUACGGUGUUCGAGAUAAAGUGUUUUAUAGUCACAUGAAAGGCAUUGUUGCAUGUAAAUUAGUUAUUGUAAAGGUUGAAUCAACCAAACAAUAAGCAAAAAAAAAAAAGACUCCUAAACUAGCUGUUUGAAAUUUUGUUUACUCUCUGUUAAAAUACAAUGCUAUAAUUAGCACUUUUGUGUAAUUAGUGCAUAAUUUAUUAAUUUCCAAAAAUAAUGCAUCAUAUAUUUGUGUAACAACCAUUCUGUAAUAUUUAAUGUAAAUGUGUUUCAAAGUGUAAAUUCUUGAUGUAAGCAUUGCACUUAGAUGAAUGACUUGUAAUACUAAAGCAAAUGUUCAAAAUGUCAAUAAUUCCUGUAUCCCAAUUAGUAGAGCAUGGCACUGUCACCAUUUACAUUUUCCUAGGAAGGCCUUUAAUAAUAAAUGGAUAUCUUGAAUAGACUAUUUUUCUUUGGAUGGAAGUGUGUAUUAAUUGAGUAAAUGUAAACAAAAAUAUACUACCCUUGUUUUUUCUGUUACAAAAAUGUCACCAAAUAUGGACUAACCCAACCACUGGUUUAAAAUGUUGGCUCCAGCACCCUCACUGUUGACUCUGCCACUAUGUCUACAUUUUUAUUGAAUGCAUGAUUGUGAUUUUUUUCAAUUUCAGUGCUCAUGUGAUCCAGGGUGAUUCAUGAAAUCAUACAAACAUUGUGAGAUGAAAUAUAUCCUAACUGUAAAUAUGCUUCCAGUUGGGGUUCAUUAAAUUCAGUUUAGAAAAA